UGUGCGCAGGCGCGAUAUCGGGAGUGCGAGUGUCCGCUUACCGGUCUCUGCUCGAGCCCCUCAGCUUCGGGCACCCAGAGGCCGGACAUGUUGCUAUAGUUUCGGGGCGCGGGUACGGAGUAAUUGUCAUGAAGGUGUCCUUGUAGCGGAUGUAUGGACAUCCAAGAGGUUGUAAGCCAGCGGCCAGUUCAUCAUACAGAAGGUCUUUGGCCGUCAUCCAUUCAAUGAACGUGGCCCAGCCAGCGGAGAUGUUGUUGGCUUAGCGAUGAUUAUAUGCUGAUGGAAUUAACAUGCUCCAAGACCUCUGAGUUGGCGACCUUGUCCUACCAAGAGAUAACGAGGAUAUGUCUAAGACAACAAAGGUGGAAACUGUUCAGCCUUUUCUCCUGGCAAGCAUAUGUUGUCCAUACCUCACCACAGUGGAGGACUGCGCUGAGGAUGCAGGCUUGGUAGACUUACAGGAAGCUCAAGGUCGCAUGACCUAUCCAUGUGGAUAAAGCAAGGAGAAGCACCAUGUCAUCAUGUGUCUCAAGCAGUUCUGCUGCCAAGAGGCCUGCAAGCAGGGUUGAGCAAUGUGGCAACAACAACGAGGAGCAGCUAGAUAUCAGUUGUAGUCUGUCAUCCUUGACCAUUGAUUUAGGCAUGGAGUCUUUCAUCGUUGUGACUGAAUAUGAUCAGGGUACUACUGACAGUGAGCUAGGACAAAACGGAGAAGAAAUGAUGGAAGAUGAACCUAUGCAAGAGAGUAAUGAAGUGGUCAGAUCCUCCUGUGAUAAGACUUUGGGACGAUUGGAAAGAGCUCAAUCAGAAGAUGUCCGACAUCCUAGAGUAAAGCUUAGUAUGUCCAAUCGGAAGUUAUCUCUUCAAGAAAAAUCCAGUUUAAAUCAGACAUCUGCCAGCAGCUCAGUUAUUAAUGGACGGUAUAUUUAUCCUUCUUUGCCAUAUUCUCCAAUUACAUCACCACAUUCUUCUCCUCGGUUGCCUCGUCGACCAACAGUGGAGUCACAUAGAGUGUCUAUUACAGAUCUGCAAGAUUGUGUGCAGUUAAACCAGUACAAGCUAAAAGAUGAAAUCGGAAAGGGUUCCUAUGGAGUUGUCAAAUUGGCAUACAACGAAGAUGAUAACACCUACUAUGCAAUGAAAGUCCUUUCUAAGAAGAAGUUAAUGAGGCAAGCUGGAUUUCCACGUCGUCCCCCACCUCGAGGUGCCAAAGCUGUUCCACAAAUCUCUGCACAGCAGAAAGGGCCUUUGGAUAGUGUGUACCAAGAAAUUGCCAUUUUGAAGAAGUUGGAUCAUCCAAAUGUCGUCAAACUAGUUGAAGUGCUUGAUGACCCGAGUGAGGACCAUCUAUACAUGGUUUUUGAACUUGUGAAACAAGGCCCUGUGAUGGAGGUUCCAACUGAUAAACCCUUGACAGAAGAGCAAGCACGAUUCUACUUUCAAGACUUGAUCAUGGGAAUUGAAUUCUUGCACUAUCAAAAGAUCAUUCAUCGUGACAUUAAACCUUCCAAUCUCUUGGCUGGAGAAGAUGGACAUAUCAAAAUAGCUGAUUUUGGAGUUAGCAAUCAGUUUGAGGGAACUGACGCUCUUCUGACCAGCAGUGUGGGUACACCUGCAUUCAUGGCUCCAGAGACCAUUUCAGAAACCAGGAAGAAUUUUCAUGGCAAGGCUUUGGAUGUUUGGGCGAUGGGUGUUACGUUAUACUGUUUCGUUUUGGGGCAUUGUCCUUUCAUGGAUGAUCAGAUAUUAAGUCUGCAUAACAAAAUUAAGAACCAGCCAGUGGAAUUUCCUGAGCAGCCAGACCUCUCUGAAGAGCUGAAGGAUCUCAUUUUUAAAAUGUUAGAUAAAAACCCGGAAACCAGAAUUACAGUUUCACUGAUCAAGAUACAUUCAUGGGUGACAAGGCAUGGUGCUGAAGCACUUCCUACAGAGGAUGAGAAUUGUAUACUUGUUGAGGUUACUGAAGAAGAGGUUGAGAACUCGGUCAAACAUAUUCCAAGCCUGGCAACAGUGAUUCUUGUUAAAACAAUGCUUCGAAAACGUUCCUUUGGGAAUCCUUUUGAGGGAAGUAGACGAGAAGAACGAUCUUUGUCUGCAUCAGGAAACCUCCUUGUAAGAAACAAGUCAGGAAAUGUGAAAUACUGCUACUCACAUAGUAGCCAAAGGAAACAAGGUAGUGGAGAUAGUCUGAAGAGUCCUGACCUGCCAGAAGUUGGAGAGGAUGAGGUUCUGUCAUGAAGCUACAUGCAAUAAAGGACAUUGUGCAUGUUCUUUGGGUGCCCCAAUAAGAUCGAGUCAGCUGCUGGAGGAUGGCAGAUGUGUCAGAGGCCUUGAAUGCAUUAGAAGGGCAUUUCUAAGGCAUAAGUUCCCAGCAGCAGUCAAAUCAGAAGAAGUUUUAAUGUCUUUUGUGGUUUUGCAUGAAAAUGCUUUGAAAUGUUUCACUGCUUGGAACACAAGUAUUUUGGGUGCAAGGCGUGGAAAUAGUGAUGUGUGGGUAUAGAUGUCAGGUUUUAACAUUUUAAAUCUUUAUACAAAAUAACUUACUUUUUUAAAGUAUCUGUGUUGCAUUUAAUUAAGGUCAUUGUGCAUGUUUCUUAAAGGCGCUAUGGGGCCCAGAAUUUCUUCUUAAAAUGGAGGAGAAUGUAGGUAUUUGAAAAGUGAUUUUUAAUGCCAUAAUAUCAAUUAAGAUGCAUAUUAUAAAAUGUUUACAAUAUUAGCUUAAUGUUCAGAUCUGGGUUUAACCUUUUUCAAUUCUGUAUGUACCAGGUAAUAUCAAUUUGGCUGAAGUACUACAAUAUCAAAAAAAAUGUACCUUAUUAACAUAGGUUAGUUUGCAUAAUAUUUCAUAGACUAGUUUAUAUGGGCCAUGUAGUUCAUUAAACUUAAUUUUACUUCAUAAAAUGUACUCUAGUGAUUGUAGUGAAGACAUUUUAAUAUUUUGAUCCUUAUUCUUAAUUGCCAUAAGCAAUCAUACCUUCUUUGUAGAAGUGCUAGACCCCUAGAUAGCUGGAUUACUUAUUUUUAAAAUAUUUUGCAUAUGGAGAGUGUGUUUGAUAAUGCAUAUUAAUCAGCGUAACAAGAAUUUAUCAUAGCAUUAUUUCGUUCAGGGUUAAAUGUUGCAGUAUAUAUAGGUGGCAAGGUUUUCUGUAAAAAAAAAAAAAAUUACCUCAUUUUUAAGGGUAUAGUCUCCCAUAUUGGUUUUGAUAACCAACCUUGUCCCAUUUUUCAUAAAAGCUGUUCUUUGAAAGCAAAAUUACAAGUGCAGAAAAGUGCAACAAUUCCUUAGUGUAUUUUUUUCCAGAUAAUGAGUACCAAUUCUAUGGUAUGCAAUGUGCUUCAGUUAUUCAAUGGAAUGUUUUAGCAGAGGGCAGAUGCUUUACAUUUGUUGUGAAUUUCUCAAUGUGUGACUUCUACUGAAAGCACUGUAGAGGACUACUGAUCCUUUCAUAAUAAAGAGUAAUAAGAAAUUAAAUGGAAAUAGUUGUUAGAAGUUUUUAUUUGUAAAUGCAUAUAGAGGGAAAAAAUGAUGCUUCCCUGUUCAUGGUCAUGUGAUUUUAAUGCAGUUAUGUAUUACAUUUAUAUAGAAACUUCCCGCUGUUAAUUAUCUCACUGUUUAAGAAUGAUAAAUAUAAAUUUGUAAUGUAGAAAAACCAUUAUUGUCAUGUAACUGUGCAAAACGUGUUUGGGUAAAACCUCACCUACUUUAAGAUGCUCCUUAAAACCUACCUCUCUGAGCAAGCUUUUAGUCAUUUGUCCUAACAUCAUCUUUGGCUGAAUGUCAAUUUGUGUAUGAUUAUGCUCCUGUGAAGCACCUUGGAACGUUUAACUAUGUCAGAGGCGCUGUAUUAUUGCAAGUUGUUGUUGAUGAAAUGUGUGUUCACACUUUGAAAACAAAGGACACAGUGGCCUUUUAUCCUUUUGUGGUGUUGACAAUUUUCAGUGCUCAACUACAAGUUAUAAUUAUGAUACAUUGCUGCAAUAUUUCUCAAAUAAAUUGCCAAAUAUAAUGUGUGCAUUUAAUAAAACAGAUUCUUAUGCUUAAGUUUUAUACAGUGGUCAAAUAUUAUCUAUUAUGUACCAAUGAAAAUAGUAAUUAUACUUGAUUAUCAGUUAUGUCCAUGCAUAUUUAGAAUAGAAGCUCUCUAAAUGUCUCUAACAUUAAUAUUUGCUCUAGCUGUUUCAUGGUGAACUUUCAUCCAGUAUUUCAUUACCAAAAGCUUUUGUUUUCUAUGAAUAGAUAAAAUAUAAGUAAAUUAAAUGUAAACAUUAUCUAAGGUCUUGAAAUACAACCCAUUACUUUGGGAGCUGGAAGCACUGCAUCUGUUAAGGUUUGUCAACUUUUUACUGUGGGUCGCAUAGUAAAGUGAUAUAUUUGUGAAAAAUGUUUGAUUAUGUGAUGGAUUACAGGAUAAUGUAAUAAAUGGAUGUUUAUAGGAAUGCUUGAUAAGUAAUUUAUGUUGAGAUUUUAUUGAUUAUAAUAAUGGAUUUCUAGAAGUUAUAAGGCAAUUGUAAAACUUUAUAUUCUGCGUUAAACUGUGUACUGUUUUCAUCAAUAAAAACAUUUAUUACAGUCA